AUGUUUUCUCUGAGGGGCUUCGCUGCUUUCAUCCCCUGGACCUUUCUCCUCAUUGUAGACUCAAGUCAUGGUUCUGAGAUUAUCAAUGGGAUAGAAGUGCAGCCUCAUUCGCUGCCCUACAUGGCUCUGCUGGAGACAAACAAACCGGUCUGCGGAGGGAUUUUAAUUGACCCAAAAUGGGUCCUGACUGCUGCACACUGCCCUGAUAUUAAGACAGUGCUGCUGGGGGUGCACUCCAUCAAAGGAACGAAAAAGGAAAAAGAAAGCAGGCAGGUCCGAAAGGUAAAGAUACGAGCUCGUCAUCCCUGCUUUAACAAGGAUGAAAAGGUCAACGACCUCAUGUUGCUCAAGCUUGACAAGCCAGCAAAACAAACCAAGUCGGUUAACGUUCUCAAGCUGAGUAAUGUCGUCAAAGAACCAGCAGAUAAAUCCACCUGUCUGGUGGCUGGAUGGGGGAAAACAAACAACAAAAACGAUGACAAAAUGUCCGAUGUCCUGAUGUCCGUCAACGUGACUGUGAUCAACAGAAUAAAGUGCAACUCUCCUCAAUAUUAUGACUUCAACCCAGUUAUCACUAAGAGCAUGAUCUGUGCUGGUUCAGACGGUAAUAAAGAUGCAGAUACCUGCUCGGGGGAUUCAGGGGGGCCGUUAAUAUGUAACGGAGCUCUGGUUGGAGUCACAUCUUUUGGAGGAGAACUUUGUGGAGAAAAGGAGAAGCCUGGAGUGUACGCUUUUCUCACAAAGUACCAGCUCGACUGGAUCAAAGAGAGAAUAAAAAUGGCUGAAAUGGAAUGA